AUGAUUACACACAAUGACACUCUAACCCAAGACUUUCUCCUGCUAGGUUUUCCUGGGACUCAGGCUCUUCAGCUUUCUCUUUUCAUGCUUUUCCUGGUGAUGUACAUUCUCACCAUUGGUGGUAAUGUGGCAAUCUUGUUAUUGGUGAGUACCUCUCACCAGUUACACACCCCGAUGUACUUCUUUCUGAGCAACCUCUCAUUCUUAGAGAUCUGGUAUACCACAGCUGCAGUCCCCAAAGCCCUGGCCAUCCUAGUGGGAAGGAACCAGACAAUUUCAUUUUCAGUGUGUCUUUUGCAGAUGUACCUGGUUUUCUCAUUAGGCUGCACAGAAUAUUUCCUCUUGACAGCCAUGGCUUAUGACCGCUACCUUGCCAUCUGCUCUCCUCUACACUACCAGGCAAUCAUGAACAGUCUUCUCUCAGCACAGUUGGCUGUGGGGUCCUGGAUCUGUGGCUUCUUGGCCAUUGCUGUGCCAGCCAGCCUCAUCAGCACCCUGUCCUUCUGUGGCCCCCAUGCCAUCAACCAUUUCUUCUGUGACAUUGCACCCUGGAUUGCCCUGGCCUGCACCAGCACACAGGCAGUGGAAAUUGUAGCUUUUGUGAUUGCUUUUGUAGUUAUCCUGAGUUCCUGCCUUAUUAUCCUGAUCUCUUAUAUCUACAUCAUCAGCACCAUCCUGAGGAUCCCCUCUUCUAGUGGUCGAAGCAAAGCCUUCUCCACUUGCUCUUCCCAUCUCAAUGUGGUGCUUAUCUGGUACGGGUCCACAAUUUUCCUCCAUGUUCGCACCUCCAUCAGAGAUGCUUUGGAUUUGUCUAAAGCUGUCCAUGUUCUCAACACAGUGGUGACUCCAGUUCUAAAUCCAUUUGUCUAUACACUCCAUAACAAGGAAGUCAGAGAGACCCUGUUUAAGAAAUGGAGGAAAGUAUAA